AUAUAAACUUCAUCAGGUAUGUAGCGACAGCUGGUUUCAUAAAAUAACUUUUACGCUUUAAACAUGGAUUUCAAAUAAGACUUAAAAGCAUUUAAACGGUUACGUUCAAAAUUGUUUUUUUAAUGAAUCUUCCCUUUCGUAAGUUACGACGUUUAUAAAAAAAUGAGUGAAAAAGUUGAUGCAAUAAAACCGCGCCGUGAAAAACCACAAAGCCUAGAGGGUAUUCAAGCUACAAAAUCUCUUAAUGAUUCCUGUGGCUCCGAUUCAUCCAUCAAUUGUGGUUCCGAUAAACGUUUAUCGCGAAAUCGUUCUCGCGGUUCGGAGACACGAUCGCAACGUGAUCACUCUUCGGAUGGUGUGAUGACAACCUCAAAGUCAGAUAUAAAAACGGAUGCAGAGUUGUGUAAUGAGUUCGAUGUUAAUGAUGGUUGCCAGCGUAGAGAAAGUUUUAACUACGACGACAGCAGUCCAAGUGGUCAAGGUUCUUUUUCAAAGUCAGGCUUGGGCAGAUCAUUGCGUUUAACGAGUAUGGCGGGUGGUACAACAACCAGAAAAUGUGUUUUAACUUUAGAUGGUUAUUCCUAUGUUAUAGUUGCUAGCACUCCAGAAAAUCUACCAAAAAGAGACGAUUUAUCUUGUUCGGGUGGGAGCAAUCUUGCUACGGGUUGCCAUACACAACAAACGGGCAACACCAAUUCCCAACAACUACCAGCAACCAAAAUCCCACAACUACAAGAUCAAUAUUCAACGAGCGAUAAAGCAACAUUUACAAAUUCACAAUCAGCAGCAGCUGCAGGUGGUGGAGUAGGUGGAACUGGUAUAUCAGCCGCAAGAGUUGGUGCAGGAGCAGCAGCAACGUCAACAACAACAACAGCAGGAGUUGAUGUUAGUAAUAGUAAACAAGAUUUUUCAAAUAUUAAAAGUCCCUCUGGUGUUCAUAAUACCCCAGAGAGUAUCAGCAGUAGCAUCUCAAUUACAAGUAAUAGCUCUGUGUCUACUAUAAAUGGUCAAGUUGCAAGACACGGAGCUCUUACCAUUGUGCGCCGUUCCAAUAGUCGUAAAAGUUUCAGCCAAUACGAUAACCAGCAUUUAUAUUCAUUGGCUAGUACACCCACACCAUCAUCCUCAACUCAUCAUAGUUUAUUAAGCGAGACCACGAUCAAAUCAUCGAGUGGCAACAACUCUCACGACAGUCGUCUUAACGAUUCCACACAUCAACACACCAACAAUAUAACAGCACCAAUAUCAAAUAAAUCACAGGCGCAAUCAGCCAUUUUCGACACGACCAGUAACGCCACAACCACUGGGACCCAAGAUAUAAAAAUGUUACCAACUUCACCUAAUUCGGGAAAUAAUACUAUAACGCCGGGCGAUGAAAUGGAAAAUACAAGGGAAGAUUCAGCGUCUAGCGCGGCAUCGGGUUUAACUAUAACUUCGUCUACUGUCGAUUUAGCUACUGAAAACUUACCAGCUGUCGAUACACCAGAUGCAUGUGAUAAAGCAGCAUUAAGACUUCGAAGUCUUCUGCGCAUGCUUAAUACAGGCGAAAUACAAGCCGAUGUAUUACAAAAAAAUUUACAUUAUGCUGCACGUGUCCUUGAGGCCGUGUUCCUCGAUGAAUCCAAAAGUCCCACGACAGGUAAAUCAAAGUUGAGGCAAAAUUCGUGCUCGUCCGUUGAAUGUGAAGAACGUCUUGCCGAUGAAGAUGAUGAACUUUCUGAAGUGCAACCGGAUGCUGUUCCGCCAGAAGUUCGUGAGUGGUUGGCUUCGACAUUUACACGACAAUUGGCAACAACACGCAAAAAAAACGAUGAGAAACCCAAAUUCCGUUCGGUGGCACAUGCCAUACGUGCUGGUAUAUUUGUGGAUCGUAUUUAUCGCAAGGUAUCAAGUACAGCAUUAUUACAAUUUCCUGCAGAAGUUGUCAAAGUACUUAAGACUUUGGACGAUUGGUGUUUCGAUGUUUUCGCUUUGGCAGAAGCAGCUAAUGGCCAACCUGUCAAAUAUAUCGGCUAUGAUUUGCUCAAUCGUUAUGGCAUUAUACAUAAAUUUAAAAUCGCCCCCGCUACCUUGGAAACCUUUCUCAAUCGCAUCGAGGAGGGCUACUGUCGUUAUCGCAAUCCAUAUCAUAAUAAUUUACAUGCGGCUGAUGUCACCCAAACAGUACAUCAUAUGUUGUGCCAAACGGGUCUCAUGAAUUGGUUGACGGAUUUAGAGAUUUAUGCCACUCUUUUGGCGGCUUUAAUUCAUGAUUAUGAACAUACUGGCACCACCAAUAAUUUUCAUGUGAUGUCAGGCUCCGAAACGGCUUUGUUAUAUAAUGACCGUGCAGUUUUGGAAAAUCAUCACAUCAGUGCCGCUUUUCGAUUACUCAAAGACGACGACUGUAACGUGUUAUCCAACCUGUCGCGCGAAGAAUAUCGCGAACUGAGAACCUUAAUUAUAGAUAUGGUUUUAUCGACCGAUAUGUCCUUCCACUUUCAACAGCUUAAGAACAUGAAAAAUUUAUUGACGCUCAACGAGGCUACAGUCGACAAGUCGAAAGCUUUAGCCCUGGUUUUACAUUGUUGUGAUAUUUCACAUCCUGCCAAACGAUGGAAUCUGCAUCAUCGCUGGACAAUGUUACUGUUAGAAGAAUUUUUCCGUCAAGGUGAUCUCGAACGUGAGCUGGGACUGCCCUUUAGUCCACUUUGUGAUCGAAAUAAUACCCUAGUAGCGGAGUCUCAGAUAGGAUUUAUCGAUUUUAUUGUAGAUCCCAGUAUGUCGGUAAUGGCUGAUAUGUUGGAACAUGUUUUGGCCCCUAUAGCACCUAUGUGUAAAAAUGUCAAUGCCAGCAUAGAUGCUGGGGACGUUCCUAUCGACGGACCAACUUCUAAUGCUAAAAACUCGCUGCGCAAUCGCUCAACAACGUGUGAAGCUAUCGAAGAGAGUAAUGAAAAUAAGUCUGGGGACGAUAAGUCGACAAUCCAGGGUACUGGAACUGGGGGUGGUAGCAGUAGUACAGCGGCAUCAGCAUUCAAACAAAAGUUUACCAUACGAAAGCCAUGGAUUACAUGUCUAACGGAUAAUAAGAAAAUUUGGAAGGAACAGGCAAUAAAAGACGCUGAAGCUAGAGCAGUUGCAGCAGCAUUAGAAGAAGCAGACAAGCCAGCAAUUGAGAAUUAAUUUGUUUUCUCACUCUCCACCCCAAAACACAAGCAGUAUCCUUUUGAACAAACCGUUCUUCAGAAGUAAAAUGCGACACAUUUUGAAGAAAAAGCUCAAAUAUAAAAAAUUUAAUUUUAAGAACAAAAAAAACAUGAACAAAAUUUAUUAAUAAUAAUUUAAUUAAAAAUUAUUUUAAGAAUUUAUUGUAACAAUUUAAUAUAAAACUAAAACAACAACAACAAAAUAGGAAAUUAUUAAAAAUAAUAACAAAAACACCACAUAAAUACGCUUGAUAAAUAUAUUCUUUAUUUUUUUUUUGUAAAUUUUUUCAUUUCCCCCUAGUUUAACAAUUUAUUUGUAAAUAUAUAAUACAAUUAUUAAAUGCAAGAAAAAUUAAAAAAAUGCAGUGUACUAACUGCAACUCAAUUGUAUAAAAUUAAUUAUUUAAUAUUUAUUAAUAAACUACGUACAUAUGUAUGUAUGCUAGAGAAUGUAUUGAAAUUUUAUGUAAGCAAAAAACAAACAAAAAUAUGUAUGAGUAUGUACAUAUGUAUUAUUAUUGAAAUACAUAUAAAAACUUAAAAUUAUACUACGUAUUACUAUUUAUUACUACCAUUAUAUUAAACACAAUUGUCCUUAAGGGAGAAGUACACAAAACGCGUUGUUCGCCGCAAUUCGUUAUAGACUUCUAUCAAAAAAGUUGAACUAGUGUAUUUUCAUAUAACAAGAUAUAUGUAUGUACACUGUAGUUUGUAAUGCGUCUGCCGCGAAUUUUGUUUUCUGUAGAACAAAAAUAAUUUUAAAAUAAAUACAUUUCAUUAACAAUAAAUGUCAAAUAUUUAAAAAAAUAUAAAAAACUUAAAUUUUUGAUUUUAAAGCAAUAGUAUCCUUUAAAAUAUGAAAAUAAGAUUGAAAUGACGUGCACUGUGUAACUUGCAGUUUAUAAAGCGCGAAAACUUUUAAAAGCUGGAGAUCCAUACUACGCGUUUUCGCGUCAAAGCAUUGUAUGCUUUUUAUACAUUCUACUCUUCAAGUUACGCGUCAAUAAGCGCCUAUUUUUGUUUUAUUUAGAAAGACCCAGCAAUUUAUUUGGAAGUGAAAUUGUAGUAUUAUAGAAUACAACUAAUUUGACUUAAAUAAUAUUAACAGUAAUUAGGGUAAUAGACACAUUUAAUACAAAAACUCAAAUAUAAAUAACGUUUUUAUCUCAUAAAAAUGUAAGAACAAAAAAUAUAUCUUCAACAUUGAAAAUAUGAAAAUAGAAUCAUUUUCGCUUAUUCGGAAGUCUUUAAACAUCAUCAUCCUCAGAAGGCAAAGUGCUACUUUGGAAGUGGUGAUAAAUGUUAUUCUUUUGGAAGUUACUUCGUUUUAUUUUUGAUGGAGAACUUCGCCUUUUUCUGCAGCUUUUAUUUAUUUUUUCACCGUUAAACUCAUUUUAAUUUAAUAAAAUAGAUAAACACACAUUAAAAAAAUAAUAUAAAUUAUCAAAAUCAGCUGGCGUGUUCGUGCGCUGCUUGUGACGCUUACAAUAGUAGAUCUGCUUUAAGCAUUAUACGCGUCAAGGCAUCCUAAGCUUUUUUAUUUGUAACUUGCAUCAUACAAAUACAUUGAUUUUACUGUUCUGACAGACGCGUUUAAUGCUAGAAAACUAGCGGCAGCAGUAUUACCAGCUCUAAUAAAAUUAGUGUGUUUACAAAAUUUUCCAUAUAAAAAUAUUGACACAUUACGAAUAUUUUGAUUUGACAAUGACGAGAGAAGCGGCAACGUGGCAAAAUUGAAUUUUGUUCAACUUUGCCACACGGCCGCUUAAAAAUCAAUUGUCAUACAAAUUGUUCAUUUAAAUGUUUUGAAAAUCAACACCAAAAUUUUUAAGCGGGAAGCGAUUGAAUGAUUGCUGCAUACGUCAGCAUUCCGCUUACAUUGACCCUGUACUAUAAAAGCGUGAAAAGGGUUGCCGCCUCAACGCGUGUUGUGUACUUUCAGUUUUAUUAUAAUUGUUACUAUUGUUAGACUUAUUCGAGACAUUUAUUUGGUAUUAAUAAUUGCAUAUGUAUCUUCUUUUGCAAUAUUUGUUUAAAUAUGCACAGUGGUAGAUAAUGAUGCUCGAAAUAUGAUUACAAAAUAAAAUUUUAGUUAAUUAAU